GCGGGCCGAGAUGGCGGCGCGGCUGAGCGAGAACCGUCUGGUGUCGCUGCCCCUGUCGAGGAUCCGGGUCAUCAUGAAGAGCUCCCCGGAGGUGUCCAGCAUCAACCAGGACGCGCUGUUCCUCACCGCCAAAGCCACGGAGCUUUUUGUUCAGUAUUUGGCUUCAUACUCCUACAAACACGGCAGAGGGAAGGAGAAGAACGCUCUGACUUACACUGACCUGUCUCAUACAGCUGAAGAGUGUGAGACGUUUCAGUUCCUUGCAGAUAUCUUGCCAAAGAAGAUCCUGGCAAGCAAAUACCUGAAGAUGCUUGAAAAGGAGAAGAGAGAUGGAGAGGUGGGGGAAGGGGAGGAAGAGGACAAGGAGGAAGAGGAUGAAGAUGAAGCUGUUGGUGACAGUGUUGGAUCUUAAGGCCAAUGGAGAAUUGCUUCAUAGUUGAAUCCACUUUGAUGUUGUAUAAAGGAUGUUUUUGUGACUGAGAAUCCAGAUGCUGGAUAUAUUUAUACACUGAGCCAUCUGCUUUUGCUUUAAGAAGUUUAGAAAUUGAACUUUAUACUUUUUGAAGAAUGGAAUUCUUCCCUCAGAAACACGGCGGGGUAGGAGGACACAGAGUGAAUCCAACAGCAGAGCUUGCUCAGAUGAUUUAAAAUUACUCUUCAGACAAUCAGUACCCAAAUUUAAAAUUUCUUACAGGCAGCUUUCAGUCCAAAAGCUCCAAAAGUGGACCAAGUCCAUUAAGUAAGUCUUUAAAAACAGCUACUUCUGUGAUGCAGCCUAAACACCAUGUGGGCACCAAAACAGGGUUGUAAUGAGCCCAUUACAAGGACUAAUGUGGUUCUGCAGUUGUGGUGGUAAAUGUGUUGGCAAAUGAUGUAAAUAUGUACUUCUAGAACCUUUUUCUCUAAUGAACUCUGUUUCUGCAGUUUCUUCUUCCAAAAUGCACAUUGAAGUCUUACUAGACAUGAAUUCCUGAGAAUGAGCAGCUCCUUUGCCAUUGGAGUGAGUGACAGAGCUGGAUUUUUCAUUUGCUUUUGGUUUGUUGUUUUGUGGUUUGUUGGGGUUUUGGGGUUUUUUUGUUACAAUAGAAAUGGCAGCCCACCCUGUGUGGAACUUUACAUGCAACUUUCUAAAAUAAAUGUUUUGUAUGAAAA